AUGGGGGACAGCGCGAUCGGCGGCGCAGAGCCCGGGGCAACGGGGAGCUACUCCCGCUGGUGGUCGCCCGAGGUAACUUACUGCCGCCGCAUUCCCGCGCGCGUGAUAGUGCCGCCCCAUUUCCUCGCGCGCGGCGCCCCAUUCCCGCGCACGGUAACAUCGCCUCAUUUCCGCGGCCUUUUGAAUUUAACCACACUUUUCGAGCCAUACUUCCUUAAGCGCCUCCUGCUGACUGCUUUCCCGUUCACCCUGUCCCUCUCCCCCGUCUCCCCCCUUCUCUUGCCCACCCUUCCCUCCGCGCCUUCCCCUGCGCAGGAGGAUUUGAUUUUAUUGGAUCACGUGCGCAGCUACGGCACGCGGCACUGGGGCGUGCUCAAGGCGUCGGGGAGGCUGCCUCACCGCGACAACAAGGCCUGCUGCAACCGCUUCAUCCUCCUUAAAAAGCGCUACCUAGACCAGGAGGGCGCGCCAGUCUAUCACGGCCUUACUGAACCGCUAUCUCAAGGACUCACCCCAGCCCUCCGAUCUGCGCACAGCCAAUCUGAGCUGUCCAUUCUCUCCCCCACGUCCCCCCAAGGCACCUCCGCAACCGCCACCAUCACCUUAUCCUCCCCUGCCGCCAUUACCAGCCAUCAGUUGGCGCAUAGGGGGUUGGCGCAUGGGGGGAUGAUGGAUGGGGAGGGGAUGGAGGGGGCGAUGGUGGAUGCUAUGUGGGAAGCUUAUCAUGCUGGUGGUGGUAUGACGCAUGGUGAAGCGAUGGUGGGUGGAGCGAUGAUGGAUGAAGGGAUGGGUAUUGCAGGGUUGGGUGCGGCAGGGAUGGGUAUGGCAGGCUUGCAGAGCACGCAGCAGGGCACGGAAGGGACACACGCAGCAGCACGUGGCAUGGGGAUGACCGGCAGUCACGCAGGCGCUGGGAGCAUGGGGAGAGGAGGGGCGCAUGGGGGGGGAGUGGGCGCGCACGCAUGGGCGGUGGAGCGAGCCAUACGAGAGGGGCUGCGCCCGCAUGCGUCCACGUCCUUCAAAAUCGCUGCCAGGAGGAAAAUGACACCACACUCCCCGUCCUUCUCCGGCUCGCCGCACUCACACGACCCGACCUUCAUCCGCCGAAUGGCCGAUUUCUUCCGCCUCCCCAUGCCCCCGCCCGCUGCUGCCACUGCCAUUGCCGCUGCUGCUUCUGGUGCUGCGGCUACUUCUGCCGCCACCACCUCUGCAAGCUCUGGUCCAAACUCACCUGAGAUUUCACCUGGUGGGGCGCCUGAGAGCCGUGCAGCACUGGAGGGGAAAGAUGCGACAUCAGGCGAACACCCGCAGCAAGAGCAGCAACAACAAGAGCAGCAGCGGCAGGAGGAGGAGCAAGCAAUGAAAGCAGCAACGAACCUGGACAGGCUCCAGAUCAACAGCGGCAAUGACCCACAGAAGUCACAUCGCUUUCAGCAGUCACACCACUCUCAACCGCUUCACACCCCUGUGGAAACUGCCAAGACCAACCUAUCCUCUCAGCUCCCAUCUGGGUCCUCUGCUGCUGCCCUUCCUGUUCCCUCUUCGGUCCAAAACGAGCUGACCACUCGGCUCGCUGCAAGAGGCAAGGUGGGGAAACGGACGGGCGCUGGUGGUUCUGCCGGCGUGGCUGCAGGCGUGGCGACAGCACCAACAGCACCGGGUGGUGUGACAGAUCGUACAGGCAUGCAGAGUGCAGCAGUCGGUGCUGCAGCAGCCGGUCCGAAGGAUUAUUCGUUGAAUAAGAUGGAGAAAAGUAUGGAUGAGCAGGAUGAUGUGAAGGAUGAGAAGGAUGAGAAGGCACACACGCCUGAAGUAGAAGGUGGAGGUGUGGCAGGUGGAGGUGUGGCAGGUGGAGGUGUGGCUUCGGAGGGCAGAGCAGGGGCGGUGGAGCAGCAUCUAGAUGAGGACAUGUGCACGAUGGUAAGGAGGGCGGGAGAGGAGGGGCAGGAAGGGGGUGACGCUGAGAGGGCAGCUGAGGCAGCGUGGCAGGGAGGAGACGAUGCAAUGAUGCAGACUGCAUGGUGGAAUGCAGCAGAUGCAGUAGCAGCGGUGGCGGCGGCGGCAGGAGAAGAGGGAGAUGCGUGGAUGCCGUUUGACUUCUGCCCUGACCCCUCCACUCCCCCAACCUUGGCUGGUUGA